ACAGAGAUCCGAAAUUGCCCUCUCAUAUACUUCCUUCUCAGUCCGGGAAAAGGAAAAAGAAAAAGAAAAAUUAUGAUGAGUAUAGGACAGAGAGAAAAGGAGGGGAAUUUAAUCAAUUUGGAAUAUAUUUCUACGAUUUUGCCAUUGAUUCCUUCAUAACUUACCUAUUCAGCAUUGCUUUCUUGAGCUUUUUUCAUCUCUUCAAUUUCACCGAAACUACCUUUGAUCACAUCUUUUCUUUCUUCUUUUUUAUUUUUGUUUUUGAAAUUUUCCCAUUUUAAAUCAUACCCUUUUUUUUUUUGUAUUUUUUUAAGUUUUUGUUUUUCUUGCUUUGAUUAGUUGAUUUUGGUCUUGUGUGGUUUGAUUGUUUAUUCGAAGGUAAACAGAGAAGAAGAAGCAGAAGAAGAAGAAAUCGAGACUAGUUAUUUUAUAGGAAUUUUGUGUUACCGAUGCCAGAUAAUAGUAAUAAUAACAACAAAAAUAGGCAGGUUAAGAGCAAUGCUUUGCCAAAUCAAUCUCCUGAUAAUAUUGAAGAUGCAAUUUGGAGGUUGAAAAUCCACGAUAAUCAGGAACAAGGUGGUAUGGCUCCAUCAAGUGCAUACCCAGAUCGCCCUGGUCAACCAGAUUGUGUCUAUUAUCUAAGGACUGGAUUAUGUGGUUAUGGAAGUAACUGUCGUUUUAAUCAUCCUCCUGCUGCACAGGGUACUCAAUUUAUAGAAGAACUUCCAGAAAGAGUUGGACAACCUGAUUGUGGGUACUAUUUAAAGACAGGGACCUGCAAAUAUGGUUCAACAUGUAAAUAUCAUCAUCCAAGGGACAGAAAUGGUGCAGGGCCAGUUUCAUUUAACAUUCUAGGUCUUCCUAUGCGCCAGGAUGAAAAGUCGUGUCCUUAUUACAUGCGGACUGGAUCAUGUAAAUUUGGAGUUGCAUGUAAAUUCCACCAUCCCCAGCCUGUACCACUUGGAGCUGGGUUGCCUUUGACUGGACCUGCUGGCUCUGGGCCUAUGGGAUCAUCAAUUGUGCCUUCAUCAGGUCUGCCUUAUGUGGGUGGGCUUCCAACUUGGUCAUUACCAAGAGCACCAUAUGCGUCUGGCCCUCAUCUACAAGGUCCACAGGCAUAUAUGCCUGUUGUUCUUUCUCCUUCUCAGGGUGUCGUUUCAGCACAAGGCUGGAACACCUAUGUGGGAAACUUGAGCCCCUUGUCUUCUGCCAGUGUUCUCGGAUCCAGUCUUGUUUACAACUCCAGGGAUCAAGGUGAGUCAGGAUCUAGUGGGCAAAUUCAUUUGCUAUCAACAACCACCUCCCAUCUUCCUGAGAGACCUGAUCAACCAGAAUGUCGGUAUUUUAUGAACACUGGGACCUGCAAAUACGGAUCUGACUGCAAGUACCAUCACCCUAAAGAAAGAAUUGCGCAACUAGCAACAAAUUCUGUUGGCCCACCUGGUCUUCCCUCAAGACCUGCACAACCUGUCUGUUCAAACUACAGUAUGUAUGGACUCUGCAAAUUUGGUCCAACUUGCAGAUUUGAUCAUCCUUCCCCUGGAUAUCCUUAUAGCUACAGUUUGAACCUGCAGCCUGUAUCUAUAUUUGAUUCCUCUCUCUUAACUCAUCCAAGAAUGUCAGCACCAGCUCUUUCAGCUGAAAGUCCUGUCUCUCUAUCAUCAAAAUUUCCUGGUUGGGUCCGGAAUCCUGAUGGUGCAAGCAACAAACGUCAAAAUUCAAAUGCAAAUACAAAGAUUGCUGAUGAUCAACCUGAGCAGGCCAGUUCUCCACCACCACACUCCUCGCAGGCUUCUUCAGAACCAUCGCAUGAUUAAUUCGGAGUUGGUUGAGAUUACUUAUUUUUGUUUUGUUGAUACAUUUUGAUAUUUGGUACUUUUAAAGGAGAUUUUUGUGACAUGUACAUCCUGGCCCCCCCUUUUUCACCUGUGGUUAUGCGGAGUGUGAUAGGUUGUUUUGAAACCAAAUGUGAAGAGCAAAAUCCGGGGGCAUUGGAAAGCAUUUUUUGUUGUGAAUAAAAUGCAGGUGAAAAUUUGUAAUAUUCCUUUCUGGGAUGUCUCUUUGCUUGACUGAUAUUUGUUAGUGAUGAUAAAAGAUUUUGCUAGAA